CGGGCGAGGCCUGCGCGCAGCCCCGAGCCUGGCUCCGGCCCCGGGCCCGGCAGAUGGGGGGUGUCGGGUGAGCGGCUGCCCCGGGAGCAACCAUGCUAAGCCACAGGUAAGGCUCCCGGGGGAGGGGAGGGGGAGAAGCCUCGGGACCCGGGGGGGGGGGGGCGAAAACGUUGGGGGCUGCAUAGGUGGAAGGGAGGGGAAAGGGGCGCCUCCCCCCCCCACCCACAUACCGGGGGCAUUGGCCAUAGGGGAGGUUGCUCCACGGCUUCCCAAACUUGGGUCUCCAGUUGUUGUUUUGGACUACAACUCCCAUCAUCCCCCAGCUAGCAGGAGCAGUGGUCAGGGAUGAUGGGAAUUGUAGUCCCAAAACAACAGCUGGAGACCCAGGUUUGGAAACCCUGCUUUAUGGGGGUGGGUGGGAGCCUUUGCAGGUGUCCCACCUCAAAAAAAUAUUAUUAUUAUUAUUAUUAUUAUUAUUAUCAUCAUCAUCAUUAUUAUUAUUAUUAUUAUAUUUAUUAUUAUUAUUAUUAUCAUUAUUAGUAUUAUUAGUAUUAUAUUUAUUAUUAUUAUUAUUAUUAUUAUUAUUAUUAUUAAUACCCCGCCCAUCUGGCUGGGUUUCCCCAGCCACUCUAGGCGGCUUGCAUUACAGCAAAAUAUUAAAAUACAAUAAUUCAUCAGAUAUUAAAAGCUUCCCUAAACACGGCUGCGGGUGACAGAAGUGGAAGUAAGGCCGCCUUUGCAGAAAGGAACUCACCUGUCUCACAGGUAGGGAAGGAGUCAGCUGAGGGAGAAUAUCUCUUGCCACCUCCACCCAAAUCCAUCGAGGGGUUCAGGGGGUGCAAAGUGAGGUACCCACUGAGCCGAAAGCACAGCGGGGCUACAGAAAGGAGGAUGAGCCCCAGGCUGCAAUGUUUUGUUCGUUUAAUUUCAUAAAUUGAUAUGCCGCUUGGUUGUACUGGGGGGGCAGACGGUGGACCUCAAAGUGGUUUGCAAAGAAAGAGGAAGCUCUUUUUUUUUUUUAAUCACACACACAAAAAUUGCAAGCAUAAUUUAAAAUGUACCAAAAGGUUAAAGCCACAAAUGGCACGGACUAAAACAAAUUAAAACUCAUGCAUGGAAUGGUAGAUAGAGCUGGAAGAGGAAUCCCAGGGUCCUUUAGUACAACAUUGCAGGAACUGUAAUUAAAUCAUGCAUGACACCUGGGCAGGCUUGUCUAAAUGAGAAGGCCUUCAGGCCAUGCCAAAAAUAUAUAUUGAAGGUGACUGCCUAUUAUCAAUAGGCAGGGAGUUCCAAAGUGUCCGUGCUGCCACCCUAACAAUACCACACACCAAUAUAUGGGUAAAAGGAGGGAGGCUCAGGUCCUAGGAGCUGGUUCAUGCAGUCAUUUUGCCCGCUGUACUCAUACAAACACCUUGCAUCCAUUCUUAAUGGGGAAAUGUGCCGUGUGAACAAGGUGUGCACCAGACAGCGGCAGCGAGUACACCUUGGGGAUGAUUUUCACAUUUCACAGUUUUGCCAAGGUUUGGCUGCCAGGCAACCAGCUGUCCAGUUGUGCUUUUGCACACUACAGUACUUUCUCCCCCUAUGGCUGUGGUUUUGAUGCACAGAGGAGCCAGGCUGAGAAAGUUCAAGGGUAAAAAAAAAAGAAAAAGACUGCAGGCAGGCCCUGGGCGCUCUCUGGUUAAAUGGCCAUUGAUAAACCAGCAGGUUCCAGUCUGGUUGUUGCAACAGAUCACAAGCUGAAGCGUUUGUGAGCAUCUUUAAUUGGCCUCCUCCCCCUGCCCUGAAGGUUGAGGAAUGAGAAUAUGGGACAUCCUGGGGGAUGAGAAGAAGGGGUUCAUAGAAGUCCAAGGAACAGGAAGGUUCAUGGUUAAGUCAGCUUUCAAGUUCUUAGGAUUUUAAAGGCUCAGGAUAUAGCCAAAGGCAAAUACAGCAUUGAAAUUAAAGUUAUUUUGGGGAACCCCCAAGCUGCCUACUAUAUGUCCCCUUGGUUUUCACAGCUCUUUAUUAGUGCUUUAUAGUUGGCAUUGGACACAUUUAGCCUUAAUUUAUCUCUUAAGGCAGAUGAUAUUUUAAGUAGGUUUUGGGAUCCUUAGCUAAGGAGCUGAGCUAUGAACCAAUUUACCAUUCGAGUUUUACUGAAUGGUAGUAGUCAUUGCAUAUGCCAUCUUACAAAAAAAAAAAAAUACUGCCUUUGACUUUUUUUUUUUUUUUUAAGGGAAUACAGUAUGUCUCUAGAGAUCAUGGCUGUGGAGAUGAGUAAAAAGCUGAAAAUAGUGAGAAUUGAGAAGGCCUGAAAGAAAGUCACGGAGUGACCAUGCAGAUGAUCCUUGUUGAUCUCCCUAGGCUAGCUGUUCUCUACAUACCCAGACUUCAUCAUCUUGUUUAUUUAUAUGCCACUUUCCUGCACAAUUGUGCCCAAAGUGGCUUACAAAAUAUCAAAUGAACAAUAGCAAUUCAAAUACAUGAAUAAGUUAAUGCAAAAGAAAACCCACAUGCAGCAUUGCAUAAAACAAUCUGAAUAACCUAACCUAAUUUAUUUGCACAGUUUAGCCUUUAAGAGAGAGCACUUUCCACAGGCCUAGGUAAACAGCUGCCACAGAACACCUCUAGUUUCAAGGUCAUGGUGCAUCUUUGCAUGAUAUGCUCAUUUUACUGGUAAACCUGCAGAAUGUGUCAUUCAGGGUCAUGACAUCUGUCAGGCUUGCAGAAAACUACUAGUGCCUGUGUUUCAACUGAGCUAAGUGCUCAAGUGUGUGUGCCCCUAGCGCUGCCAAGAGAAGGAAACAUGCUGUCACAAGGAGGUACAUUAGAAACAUCUUGCAGCCAUUCAGGGAUGUCUCAUGGCAGGGCUCCCUGUCCUUACGCACGCUUCAGAUUUUCUGAGAGUUCUGCUGUACAACAAAAACACACGAGUCCAUCCACCAUUUUCAGGCUUUGGGUCACACUGACAUAUGCCCACUCCCAAGCGCCUCUGUGUUUGCCUUGAUAUUGCACUCCCUGACAGGCACUCAGAAAGGCCAACAUAAGUGGAUUCCGCCCCCGCCCCGAAAAUGGAAUAAUAUAAAGAGGAGAUGUCAUAAGCAUAACCCCUGCUUGGUAAAGGUAAAAGGACCCCUGACUAUUAGGUCCAGUCGUGACCGACUCUGGGGUUGCAGCGCUCAUCUUGCUUUAUUGGCUGAGAGAGCCAGUGUACAGCUUCCGGGUCGUGUGGCCAGCAUGAUUAAGCCGCUUCUGGCGAACCAGUGCAGCACACGGAAACGCCGUUUACCUUCCUGCCAGAGAGGUACCUAUUUAUCUACUUGCACUUUGACGUGCUUUGAACUGCUAGGUUGGCAGGAGCAGGGACCGAGCAACGGGAGCUCACCCCAUCGCGGGGAUUUGAACCACCAACCUUCUGAUCGGCAAGUCCUAGGCUCUGUGGUUUAACCCACAGCACCACCCGCAUCCCAGCUUAGCCAUACCUCUUAAAUAAAGCAGAGUGUAGCGCCACAAAAGUGUGCCAGGGAAAUACCUUGUUCCAGGAUGAGCAGCAGACAUUAUUGUAGCCUUGAAGGAUUGUUGCAUCUUGUCUUUCCUCCUGCUGCUUUCCACACAUACACUAUAAAUGCACUAAGGGAUUGUCUGAUGGUGGUAAGGUAGCCUCCGGGAGGAAUUAGCUUAGUUGCCUACUGGUCACUGCAGAGCUACAUAGCCAGAAGGCCUCUAGCUCCCAUUGGUGCAGAUUCUCUGUUUCCUAAGCAUGUCUGGCUAGUGGACUGGAAGUACGCAUUGGCAGAACUGCUCAGAUCCUAGAAAAAGGCAUGUGUGGCUUUCCAUGUAUAUUGUUUUACUCUGGCUCCCAUCAACCACAGCCAGGAUGGCUCAGUGGUCAGAUUAUGGGAACGGCAGUCUAACAACCUGUGAACAGCCACAGGCUCCCUAUCCCUGCCUUAGGUGUAUAGACUAAGCAAGAGCCUCGGAAAGGAGGAGGAGAGAACAGCAGCCAGCCGAGGGACUCAGAGGAGUCUAGGAAAGUAGGGUUCCCAUAGGGAGUGAUCCAGAUGAAUAAAAGGGUCAGUGGGAGGAGUUUGAAAGGUGGAGGGAAACUAGGAGAGGAAUGGCAGAGGGUCCAGGAGCUUCAGAACAGAGGAAGUCUCUUAUCACGUUUAUAACUGGAAAAACUUUUGGCUGCAAGCCUCUGAGAACCAAAAUUAAGAGGGGUUCAGAAGCCGCCGCAAUGGCAGUCUUUCAGCUGACCUGCUCUUCCUUUGUGUGCCUGUUUCGUUCUUGUGUUCCAGCCCAGGCAUGAUGAACAUUGGAACUAUUGAUGUCUAUUUGAACAAGUUAGGGGCCAACCUCCAGACGGUGGUGUACAGCGAAGAGGAGCAGGAGAAUGAAGCCUGGAGGAUGUACAUGGAGAGGAAGAAUGUCGUGCUGGAGUUCCUGCACUCAGACCUGAGCCUCCACCUGCUCAAGCGCCAUCACAAGAGGAUUGAGCUUCUGAAAAAGUGCUCCUACUACAUUGAAAUCCUGCCUAAGCACUUGGCACUGGGAGAUCAGAACCACCUGAUGCUCCCCACCACCAUGUUCCAACUGAUAGACCCCUGGAGGUUCCAGAGGAUGAAGAAAGUGGGGACCAUCCAAACCAAAAUCCAGCUGCUGCUCCUGUCUGACCUGUUGGAAGAGCUGGAGAAAGGUCGGGAGGAGCUGGUCCACUUCCUGGAGACCCACGACAUGAUGACUUUCCUCUCCAGAUGGGACGCUGUCAAACCAAGGCUGUCGAGUCUCUCUGAGCAGAUGGAUUAUUUCCUUGCUAUGCUGGUACCGGGGAGGCUGUACGUCAAGCACCGCCUGGUAUCGGACGUCGGGAUUACCAAGAUCCCUCACAUCAGGCUUGUCCUGAGCACAAAGAUGCCCGUGAUGUUUGACCGGAGGGAGUCGGUGGCUCACGAGGACUGGGUGAGUCUCAAGUGGUUUGUUACCAGCCAGCAGCCGCAGCUCGAACAGUACGAACUCAGCUUUAAGCUGCUGGAGCCCAGAACUCCCCAAGAGCGAGUCCACUGCGGAAUCAUGCCGGUCACGUCGCACACCUGCGAAAUCCACAACCUGUUGCCCGACCGUUUGUACAGGUUCACUGUCAAAAGGGCAGAGACUUACACACUUGUCUAUGAACAGUGGCACGAUUCCAUCCUGCUUAAGACAAAACCGUACCUUGAGGAAGAAAUGGAGACUUCUAUGUCUGAACCCUGACUUUCCCAUCGUAGCAAUUCACAAGGAAUGUAAAAUAAGUCAAAUUAAAAACUUAUUUUUAAAGG